GGCGGCUCUGACUUCCGGGACCCGCGGUCUCGCGCAUGCGCAGGCGCUAGCCGGAAGGGCACUAUUUCGUGCCCCCUAGGCCGUACCGCAGGAGUGUUUUGUAAACUUCGAGUCGCCGUGCUGUGGGAUUUUGGGGCUCCCUCCUGUUGCAACUUGAGCUGUCCGUGCAUCCAGGAAACCCGGGAUUACAGCAGUGAGGGGGCCACGGGUUGAGAAACUUACGGAUGUCCAAAGAUGACUGAGAUCGAGCAGGCGGAGGCCCAGCUCUCUGAGUUAGACCUGCUGGCCAGUAUGUUCCCUGGGGAGAAUGAGCUCAUAGUAAAUGACCAGCUGGCUUUAGCAGAACUGAAAGAUUGUAUUGAAAAGAGGACAAUGGAGGGGCGAUCUUCAAAAGUCUACUUUACUAUCAAUAUGAACCUGGAUGUAUCUGAGGAAGCAAUGGUGAUGUUUUCUCUGGCCUGUAUUCUUCCCUUUAAAUACCCUGCAGUUCUGCCUGAAAUUACUGUCAGAUCAGUAGUAUUAAGUAGAACCGAGCAGACUCAGCUGAACACAGAUCUGACCACGUACCUGCAAAAGAAUUGCCAUGGAGAUGUCUGUAUAUUGAAUGCCACAGAGUGGGUUAGAGAGCACGCUUCUCGCUAUGUCAGCAGAGAUGCCCCAUCUGCCAUCACCACAGAAAGUCCAGUCCUGUCAGUCGAUCUUAUUCUCACAAGACUCUGGAUCUAUAGCCAUCAUAUCUACAACAAAUGCAAAAGAAAGAAUAUUCUAGAGUGGGCGAGGGAGCUUUCCCUGUCUGGGUUUAGCAUGCCUGGGAAACCUGGUAUUGUUUGUGUGGAAGGCCCACAAAGUGCCUGUGAAGAAUUCUGGUCAAGACUCAGAAAAUUAAACUGGAAGAGAAUUUUAAUUCGCCAUCGAGAAGACAUUCCUUUUGAUGGUACAAAUAAUGAAAUGGAAAAACAAAGGAAAUUUUCCAGUUUUGAAGAAAAAGCAUUCACUGUCAAUGGAGCCAGAGGAAAUCACAUGGACUUUGGUCAACUGUAUCAGUUCUUAAGUGCCAAAGGAUGUGGGGAUAUUUUCCAGAUGUUCUUUGGUGUGGAAGGACGGUGACUGAGCAGAGAAGUAAUUGGAAGUAUUUUGUCACUGUUAGCCGUUUGAUUUUUUCUCCCACUCUUUCUUGAAAUAUUAAGUAGUUUUAUUUUAGUUCCAUUCUAGAAUGCUGAGGGGAGGGGGAAACAAGAAAAAGUAGUAUAGCUGAAAUGCAUACGUUAAAAUUGUCAUGAUUGAAAGCAGAAAUGAGUUUCAAAUUAUAAUCUUAGAAUUGUUGAUAGAAGUUUCUUGACAUAUAUCUAAACUACCCAUUUUGAAAGAGAAAUUAAUUUACAUAAAAGUAAUGGUGGUGGUAAGGGACUUGCUCCUUUCCCAACCCCCUUCUUUUUUGACCUCCACGAAAAAACCUGCAAAAAGCGGAUUGCUCAUUUUAGAGAUUCUGUUGCAGCUAUGGGUGGCCUUGGGACACAGUUUUGGCCUCAGGAUUUCUGGGUAAACUUUUGCCUUCUGAUUGAAGUGAUAGAUGCAGCUAGGCCACCUCUUCCCCCACUUCCUGCCACAAACACCGAAGUGAUGGCUGGAGCAGAAUUAAUUCUGUCAACCCCGGGAGAAGAAUGGCCAAGAGAACCACAGUUCUCUUGCCGGUCCUCAUGUUGUUGAGCUGCUGAUCCAACACCAGCCCUUGCCUAUGUCUAAAUAUCUUAUCAUGAAAUAAACUAAUUUUGUUUACA